CUGCGGAGGCCUGGCCGCGAGGGCGUCCGAUUCGGUGCCCGAGGCUUUGGUCUGAUCCUGUCACCGGGCCGAGGGCCGCUAGGGCCUAGAAGGGCCGGGUCGGGUUGGGUUCUGCCCGGGGCCGCGAGGGGCCUGCAGGCAAGGGCCGCGGGGCCGACCUAGGUCCCUGACAGGGUUCCGUGAGGGGCCGGCCUGAGAUCCGCUUGUCCUUUUGGGUGUCAGGAGCUAACAGUUUGCGGCCCCAGGAAGCCCCUGGAAGAAGCCCCUAGUUAUUUCGGAACCAAUUACAAACCUGUAGGUCUCCAAAGUUGGGAAGAAAAAUGUUAAAGCAGUGGUUUCCCAACUUCAGCGUGAAUAGGAAUCUUCUGGGGCCCUUGGUAAAAAUCCAGAUUUUCAGCCCUCCCUUCAGAGCCUCUUGCCGGGGGCGGGACCCGGAUCUCCGUGUUUAACAAGUUCCGCAGAUGAUUCUGAUGCUGUAGCUUCUGAUCACCGGUUAAAAACCUCUGGGGUCCAGAAAGGGAUAGCAGACCCCACAUUAGCUGAAAUGGGAAAAAACUUGAAGGAAGCAAUGAAGAUGCUAGAGGAUAGUCAAAGGAGAACAGAGGAGGAAAAUAAAAAGAUGCUCAUAUCAGGGGACAUUCCAGGGCCACUCCAGGGCAGUGGACAAGAUAUGGUGAGCAUCCUCCAGUUGGUUCAGAAUCUGAUUCACGGAGAUGAAGAUGAGGAGCCCCAGAGUUGCCGAAUCCAGAAUAUUGGAGAACAAGGUCAUAUAGCAUUGUUGGGCCAUAGUCUUGGAGCUUAUAUUUCAACUCUGGACAAAGAGAAACUGAGAAAACUUACAACUAGGAUACUUUCGGAUACUACCUUAUGGCUAUGCAGAAUAUUCAGGUAUGAAAAUGGCUGUGCUUAUUUCCACGAAGAAGAAAGAGAGGGACUUGCAAAGAUCUGUAGGCUUGCCAUUCAUUCUCGCUAUGAAGACUUCGUAGUGGAUGGAUUUAAUGUGUUAUAUAACAAAAAACCUGUUAUAUAUCUUAGUGCUGCUGCUAGGCCUGGCCUGGGCCAAUAUCUUUGUAAUCAGCUGGGCUUGCCCUUUCCCUGCUUGUGUCGUGUGCCCUGUAACACUAUGUUUGGAUCUCAACAUCAGAUGGAUGUUGCCUUCUUGGAGAAACUGAUUAAAGAUGAUACAGAACGAGGAAGACUGCCCCUGUUGCUUGUUGCAAAUGCUGGAACUGCAGCAGUAGGGCACACAGAUAAGAUCGGACGUUUGAAAGAACUCUGUGAGAAGUACGGCAUGUGGCUUCAUGUGGAGGGUGUGAAUCUGGCAACAUUGGCUCUAGGUUAUGUCUCCUCAUCAGUGCUGGCUGCAACCAAAUGUGAUAGCAUGACAUUGACUCCUGGCCCAUGGCUGGGCUUGCCAGCAGUUCCUGCAGUGACACUUUACAAACAUGACGAUCCUGCCUUGACCUUAGUCGCCGGUCUUACAUCAAAUAAGCCAGCAGACAAACUCCGUGCCCUGCCACUGUGGUUAUCUUUACAAUACUUGGGACUUGAUGGGAUUGUGGAGAGAAUAAAGCAUGCCUGUCAAUUGAGUCAACGGUUGCAAGAAAGUUUGAAGAAAGUGAACCACAUCAAAAUUUUGGUGGAAGAUGAGCUCAGUUCUCCGGUAGUGGUGUUUAGAUUUUUCCAGGAAUUACCAGGCACAAAUCCAGUGCUUAAGGCAGUACCAGUGCCCAAUAUGGCGCCUUCAGUAGUCGGCCGGGAGAGGCAUUCCUGCGAUGCACUGAAUCGCUGGCUGGGAGAACAGCUGAAACAGCUGGUGCCUGCCAGUGGCCUCACUGUCAUGGAUCUGGAAGUCGAGGGCAUGUGUGUGCGGUUCAGCCCUUUGAUGACAGCAGCAGUUCUAGGAACUCAGGGAGAGGACGUGGAUCAGCUCGUAGCCUGCAUAAAGAGCAAGCUGCCGGUCCUGACCUGUACCCUCCAGCUGAGAGAAGAGUUCAAGCAGGAAGUGGAAGGAACGGAAGGUCUUUUAUAUGUUGAUGACCCCAACUGGCCUGGAAUAGGGGUUGUCAGGUAUGAACAUGCUAAUGAUGAUAAGAGCUGUUUGAAAUCAGAUCCUGAAGGAGAAAAAAUCCACGCUGGACUCCUGAAAAAGUUAAAUGAACUGGAAUCUGACCUUACAUUUAAAAUGGGCCCUGAGUAUAAAAGUAUGAAGAGCUGUAUUUACAUCGGCAUGGCAAGCGAUGACGUCGAUAUUUCUGAACUAGUGGAGACAAUUGCAGUCACAGCCCGAGAAAUUGAGGAAAACUCAAGGCUUCUGGAAAACAUGACAGAAGUUGUUCGGAAAGGAAUCCAGGAAGCACAGGUUCAGCUGCAGAAGGCAAAUGAGGAACGACUUCUGGAAGAGGGAGUGUUACGGCAGAUCCCUGUAGUAGGAUCCGUGCUGAAUUGGUUUUCUCCAGUACAAUCUUCACGAAAGGGAAGAACUUUUAACUUAACAGCAGGCUCUCUGGAAUCCACGGAACACACAUAUGUCUCCAAAGUACAAGGUACAGGAGUAACACCGCCUCCGACCCCCUCAGGCACUCGCACUAGACAGAGACUUCCAGGCCAGAAGCCUUUUAAAAGGUCCCUCAGAGGCUCAGAUGCUUUCAGUGAGACAAGCUCAGUCAGUCACAUUGAAGACUUAGAAAAGAUGGAGCAACUGUCCAGUGGGCUGGAACAAGACACCCUAGAGGCUGGCAGCACUGGGCAGCACCCAGGGGAUGCCACCCUUCCGGAAGCAGACCAGACCGAGGCCCUCCAGGAUGGGGCCCAGCGCCCAGAUGAUUUCCCACAGGUAGAAGAGCCGGAGAGCUUAAGAUAAAAUUCAGUGUUUGGUUUGAGACUGUCCUGAAUAUUGUUUCAGGGAAGAUGAAGUUAUAUUGAAAAUGUGAACUGUGCCACAUGCUAAUACAAUAGGAAUUACUGUUAUUUGUGCUUAACUGGGAGUUUUUUGCACAAAUAUGUGCCUGAAAGCCAAGCUUUUUAGGAGGGGAAUUGAGUGUUAAUUUGGUGGUAUGUUGAGCAACAAACAACUAUUGUUUCUAUCCUAACCGACUGUAGUAAUACCAUUUUUCCCUGAGUUACCGUGAACACUUUUUAUUCAAAAAGAACACUUGGCAUUUCAAGUGCCUGCCACUUGAAACACUUGCUCUUUCUAAACAUAGGUGUAAAUUAUUAGGUUGCACAUAAUGACUUUUUCGUAAAACAGCUUUCUUUUAGAACUCUCCGGGUUCUCUGCUGUACUUCUACAGAGGAGAGACAGCAUUCUUUGCCAUCUGUUUGAAUUGAUGUUUUAGUUUGAUCAAGUUGCAAUAUACAACUGGAUUGUGUUUGGCUUAAAGGAGAAUGGGUUUCAAUGGGAUUGCAAGUGUGUCAGAAGCCCUCUCCUGCCAUCCCUAACUGCUGCUUUUCCUGGAGACAUAAGUAAGGACUGUGUCCACUCAGGCUGUGGCAGGAUUAUCAAGCAAGUUAGACUGGGCAGUGCUUCUGUCUGUGACUUUCCCCUGCCACAAAUCUGUUUCUCCCUUUAUAUACUAUUUGUAAACAGAUUAAAAGAACUCAUCUAUUAAGAAUAAUUAUAAAAUCUGACCAUAUAUAUAUAUAAUUUUUUUUAUUGCUGGUAAAGCUUUUAAAUUGGCACACAAGUACAGAGUGUGCUGGUUUCUACAUUUAAUAUCAGAACACCUGAAAGAUGCUAUCCUUAAGAGCCUAGUAUUAAAUAUGCUGUGUAGCAUCUAGUUAAGUUUAAAAUAAGUAUACCUUUGACCUAUCUCACAUUUAUGAAGCUUAUGUAGCUUCUGUUCCUUUAGCAGUUCACCCUCUUGGGCCCAACUCAGAAAAAGGAACCAGAAAAGUCAUCUUUCUCAGGCUGCUCAUAUAAUUGGAAGCCCUUAAUUACUGCCUUUCUGUUGCUACUUUUCCAAAAGUACUGCAUAACUUUGUUUAUCACAAAUAAUGGCCCCUGUGCCUUUUUAGUCCAGCAAAUUCAAGGUAUAGACGAUCUUUUUAAAAUGGUGGGGAAUUCACACUGGGUUUGUGGACUGUAGUAAUUGGAAGUUACACUCUGAUUUCAUGUCAUUUCUGACAUUUGGCACUCAUCAAAGUAGUUUUCCUUUUUUGGGGGAGGGGUGCAGAUGAUUAAACAAAGUCUUCCCUAUCUUUUUAUUUGGUGCAAUGAAGUAUAGCAGAUAAAAUGGGGGCGGGAUAAACUAUCACCUUUAACAAGAUUAAUUUUUAAAUGUUUUUAUAUUUGGAAUUGUUACAUUGGUUUUGCUGAAACAGAAUUUCACCCUUAAGAUACUAUUUGAAUGUUGGUUUCAAUAAAGUUUCUUGAAAUUGUUA